ACGUCUUCCUCAUAGGCAGCAUUGCAAGUCGUCCUGAUGUAGCGAACGAAGGGGAACCCCCUUACUGACUUGUUGUGGUUACAGAUGGAAUCCAUCAUCACAGACCGGUGGAUCUCCCACCCGUUCACGAAAGAAGGCUACAUAACACUGAAUGGGGUGAAGACGGCCGACACGUACGGACACCGCCUGUUGAGCCCCGACUGGAGCUGGGUAGAGUCGGAGCUGCUCGAUCAAGUGAUGCAAUGCCAGUUCCACAGGCCCGCGGACCGGCCGUCUGUCGUCGAUCUCGUCUUCACGUGCAUCGAGCGCAAGAAGAGGGGAUUCCCCGAGGAGUCGGACGAGGUGACGGCAAAGUUCUGGUCCGACUUCUGGCUGCCGGUACGCGAGGCCGACUAUGGCGCGGCGCCAGAUCAAGGGCAAGGCGGCGGCGGCGGCCACGGCGGCGGCCACGAUGCUGGCGGCGAAACUACAUGGGAACAGCAGAACAGCGGCGGCGAGGCGCGGGCCGCCGACGACAAGGGCAAGGGGCCCGCGGUGGAACUGCCUUCAGACUUCUUCCACGCCCCGGUGACCGAGCAGGACAAGAUGCCCCCCGGCGUCGACAAGAAACCGUGGACCAACGUCAAGGACUUGAUCGCCCAGCUGGCCAGUGCCGCCGACGGAAAGGGGCCCAGGGCGCUCAGGCAGGGCACCACGAGCGACCCCGGACACGGCCUACGCAGUGACGGCGGUUGUCGUUCGACCCCGCCCUCCGGCCCGGGCCAGCCGAAGCCGAGCUGGAACCCACCGCUUGAGAGCCCCAAACCGUUGCUGCAGCGGAGCUCGAGCGGUGCGUGGCCGGACAAUAGGCAACUGAUGCAGAUGAGCUCGAGCAGCGGAGGCAGCAAGGAGCGGCCGGUCGCCAAGCCCUUGUUGCAGACGAGUAGUCAAGGGCCGGCCAGCAGCCACGACGACGGUUCCGGACCAGCCUGGUCGCACGACGACGAUAGUCAACCUACUUUCAAACCAAAGGGGGAAAGCUGGCCGUACCUAGGCAGAGUCAGGCCUGCCCGGGUCUCCUUGUCUAACGGCGGCUGCGGCGGCAGCGGCAGCAGCAGCAACAGCAGAGGCAAUGCCAGCUCGCGAGCUUCUCUGCGGAGACGGACGCAGCGGCCGCGACCCGAGUCUGCGCCGGGGGUCUUACCUGGCACGGCGAUGCGUAACCUUUCCGCGAGGGCGGCUCAGCUGCAGUCUUAUCUCGACCACAAGAUGGGCGAGGGGAUGAACCACGACAUGGGCCAUAACAUGGACCAGAACAUGGAGCAGGAUACGGAACGGGAAAUGGACGAACGGAUGAGCGGGGUGGUCCCGACGGGCUCGUAA